AUGAGUGUCAUUGCUGCACAUACUAUGCCAAAGCAGGAGGAUCAGGAAGGGUACGAGGAUAAGGAUAAGGAGGCAGCUGAGCCGCCUGCUACGAUUAAUGAAGCACUAAAUAGUCACAAGCGCCUGCUCAGCUUCAAGGAGCAUGAGCCAGACGCCAACUCUGUAGAGCUCACGAUACUCAUGCGCAAGGAAAGAAGCCUCCAGCAGCAGGCAGAGCUUAAUAGAAGUCAAGGAACAUUAAAUAGCUGGUUUAAAUAA